AUGAACAAUAAAACAGUUGCAGUUGCAAUUGACAAAGAUAAAGCAAGCCAGGGUGCAUUAAAAUGGACUGUUGAUAAUCUUGUCCGCAAGGGCCAGACCGUCUAUUUGCUUCAUGUUAGGAUCAAACAAAAACAAACUAAGAAUUCUGAUUUUAGUGAAGAUCCAUUUUUGAUAGACACCGAUGCGCAACUCAGAGAGUUGUUCCUCCCUUUCAAAUGUUUUUGUACCAGAAAAGAAAUACGGUCAAAGGACGUGUUGCUAGAUGAUACAGAUGUUGUCAAAGGGUUAGUCGAUUUUGUCACACGUUCUAUAGUAGAAGUUUUGAUUAUCGGAACCCCCUCAAAAGGCGGUCUUCUCAAGAGAUUCAAAACAAGAGAUAUUCCAGGAACUCUAUUAAAAACAGUGCCCAAUUUCUGUACGGUUUAUGUCAUUUCGAAGGGAAAGAUUUCGGCCACAAAAGCUGCAUCACGUCAACCGCCGUAUGAAUCUCCGCUUCGUACUCUAGGACCACCUGAACCAAGCGGCAUGCUAUCCAGUGUUUCGUCUGAGAAAAUACAAUCAACAAGUACCGCAGUGAUGCAAAUGCCCAGGAUGUCUGUGGACUCAUAUUACCCCAGACAAUAUACAGACUCAUCUUUCUGGCCCAAUGACACAAACACAAUGAAGUCGCCGUUCACCAAUAGGAGAGGCCCGAAUGGUAAACCAUAUGAAGAACUACUGCCACCAGACUCUGACAUUUCUUUUGUGAACACUGGUCGAAUGAGCGUAGACAACAUGUUUCCUUCACUUGACAAUGAACUAUCACCAGUACGCUCACGCAUGAGUUUUUCAGAACUCGAUAACCAAGGUUUCGACUCGUUGGAGCGCAGAUCAGUUGAUGCAGUAUAUUCCGCACCCGACAGUCCUAGAGCAGCUAACACGGAAGAUGUUGAGGCAGAAAUGAGAAGGCUAAAGCUUGAACUUUCGAGAACCAUGGAAAUGUACAGUACAGCGUGCAAAGAAGCCUUGACCGCGAGACAGAAGGCUAUGGAACUUCAAAAAUGGAAACUAGCAGAACAACAAAAGGUAGAAGAAUUAAGUGUAACCGAAGAAUUCGGUGACAAAGAAAACACAAGGUCAACCGAAUCCCAAACAAAGGUCAACACGGAUACCUCUUUCUCCCUAUUUCAUUCCAGGUAUAGAAAAUACACCAUUGAAGAAAUCGAAGAAGCAACAGAAUACUUCUCGGUGGAUCGUAAAAUCGGUGAAGGCGGUUACGGCCCAGUUUACAAAUGUCACUUAGACCACACACUCGUCGCGGUUAAAGUCCUAAGGUCCGAUGCAGCCGAAGGAAAAGCACAGUUUCAACAAGAAGUUGAAGUGUUAUGUUGCAUAAGACAUCCUCACAUGGUUCUUCUUUUAGGAGCAUGUCCCGAAUACGGCUGUUUAGUUUACGAAUACAUGCGAAACGGAAGCUUAGAUGAUUGUCUUUUUAGAAAAAACAAAAUCCCACCACUUUCAUGGCAACAUAGGUUCAGAAUAGCAGCUGAGAUAUGUAGUGGUCUUCUUUUUCUCCAUCAAACCAAACCCGAACCCAUUGUGCACCGUGACCUCAAACCGGCUAACAUUUUGCUUGACCGGAACUUUGUUAGUAAAAUAGCGGAUGUUGGGUUAGCCCGGUUAGUGCCACCCUCGGUUCAAGACUCCAUGACUCAGUACCUUAUGACUUCUGCAGCAGGGACAUUUUGUUAUAUAGAUCCUGAGUAUCAACAAACCGGAAUGUUGGGUGUGAAAUCGGAUGUUUAUUCUUUAGGAGUUAUGUUCUUACAGUUAAUUACAGCCAAACCGCCAAUGGGUUUGACCCAUCUUGUUGACGAGGCGAUAAAGAAUGGAACUUUCGCUGAGACGUUGGAUCCAGGAGUGCCCGAUUGGCCCGUUGAAGAGGCUUUGGGCUUUGCUAAGUUGUGUCUUCUUUGUACUGAGUUAAGACGGAAAGAUAGACCGGAUCUUGGGAAAGUUGUUAUGCCUGAACUUGAGAGAUUGAGAUCACUUGCUGAUGAGAGUAUGCAGUAUUCUGUGUUUGCUUCAUCUCCUUCAACAGUCAACCAUGGUCAACUGUCUUAAGUAAGCUGGCAUUUUCUGCAUUUCUGGCAUUAGAUUCAUUGAAAUGUACAGAUUUUGUUAGUCCUAAUGGAUAUCAAGCUAUUCUAAUGCACAUCUUGGUUUUGAAAGUAGU